UAUGUGUGUAUGAUCGAAACCAAAUGUCAACACAAAUAGUUUGUUGUUGAACGUUGAAUGAAUUAAAUAAAAAUAAUUUAGAUAUCGGGAUCAAAUUUUCUACAAGUGAUUUGCCUUUUGUAAAUCAAAGUUUCCUAGGAAAAAAAUGUUUGAGACGAAGAUACUCGAUUCGGAGUACAACGCGCUGAAACGCGGAGAACAUCAUGUUAUUCUGCAGGAGUACAAUGACAUUGUUGAGGAGCUUAAACGGGAGUUGGAAAUGUGCAAAACGGAACAAACCGGCCUUCGUUCCGAGUUACAAGCUUUGCACGUUGAGAAUAAGAAUAGCAGCGAUGCUGUACGCGAUUACAUUUCUCGCGUCCAUGCGGAGGAAUGUGAGAGCGAGGAUGCGCACAAUAAGAUAAUUAGGAAUUUGAAGGAGCACAUCGCGGUCCUACAAAUGGAGAAGGAUUCCGCGGUCCAACUGUGGCAGGUGUCGAUGAAAGCUGUGGACGCUUUGGAGCAGGAAUUGAGAACUCGCUCGGUAGACAAUAGAGAUGCCAAGUUUUAUGAGGAGCAACUGAGGGACGUCAGGCAAUCAUAUUCGGAAGCUAUAAAGGCUUUGGAGAGCAAGUUACUUCAGGCUAAGGAAAAUUUUGCGAAGCAGCAGUCCAUGUGGAUGUCGAGUAAGGAAACGAUAGAAAGUCUAAAGCGAGAAAAACAGGAAGUAGCGACAAGAUUUCAGGAGUUCCAACAAGACAGUCAACAGAAAGAUAGGAAUAGUCAGCAGACGAUACAGUCGUUAACGGAAGAAUUGUCUGCCGCGAAGGCAGAGAUACAGAGGAUAAAUCAUUUAAAGUCAGAUUUGGAGAGAAGACUGAACGAGAGUAGACGAGCGGCCAGCAAUAUUGCGGCGAAAAACGAAGAAACUAAAUGCAAGAUGGCCGAAGCCCUCGAUCUGAUAGAAUCUGCGGUAAAAGAAAAGGACUUCGUACUUCAAAGAGAGGCACAAAUUGCAGAGCAAAACGCCAGGUUGGAAACUCGAUUGGCUACCAUUGCCGAGGAACACGCCGUUAAGAUGCGAGAGGAGAUCACUAAAUUGAAGGACGCUCAUGAGCACAGUGCGAAGAAAUAUUUAUUAGAGAUCAAAGAGCUGAAAUCGGAAUUGCGGGAAAAGGCGAUGUUACUGGAUCGAUUGCAAAGAGAGAGCAGAUUGGCGGAGGAGGAACUGGAGAAGACGCGUCGGGAUUCCGAGGAUUUAUUGGAAAAAUCAACCGCGAAGAUUCUGACCUUCGAGCAAGCAUUGAAACAGACGGACUCCAAGUUGGAGGCUUGCAACGAGAUAUGCAAGAGACAAUAUAAUUUAGAGGUGCAACAGCUGCGAGAAAAGAUUGUUAAUUUGGAAGAAAAGUUAGUAACUUCGAACGAGAAGCUGAAGCAGAUACAACAGCAGAACUCUACGGAUGUAGGAGACCGCAUCAAGUUAGCUGACGAGAGGACGAAGGACGCGAUUGAUCGCUACGUUAAUUUAGAGGGCCAAUUAGUCAAGGCUACAGAUGACAAGGAAUCUCUAGCGACAGAAUUGAAAUCGCUGCAGUCGGCUUUCGAUCGCGAGAUACAUAAGAGAGAUUAUGAACGAGGCACAUUGGAAACUAAGAUUCGCGAAUUAGAAGCGAAUCUUUUGAAAGAGAAUUACAUAACGGAGGGUAAAUCAGGCAUCAAUUUUUCUCCGAUACAAGUUCCCACGCAACAUCGCGCGGAUACCAGCAAACAUACUCUGGAUAUACGAGUUGAAAAUCUGGACCACAAUUGGCAGUCUCUGUUAACUGAGCAAUUGAGUAAGCAACAAGAACAUUUUGAUAAAAAAAUACGAGAGAUGACGCAGCAUGUGGCAAUUCAUCAAAAAUUAAGCAGAAGAUGGAGAGACGAGGCGAAAUCUUUGACGGCACGAUUCCAAGUAAAGUCCAAGGAAUUACGUGAAAAAGUUAAAUCGUUACGGAAAGAAAACGCCGAAUUACAAAAAGCUUUCCUACUUUGCAAACCGCAAUUUACUCCAUUUAAAACAGAUACUAUUCAACACAGUUAUGUACAAGGAUCCGAGGCCAGGUGACAAUAUCUUCUGCAUAUAGGUCGAUCGCGACACAUCUCAGAUGCUGUAAAUAUUAUAGAACGACUGGCUUUAUUUACCAAAGAGAUACGCACCUUUAGAAGCAACGUUAAUACUUUUUUAAAAUUAUUCCCUACCUAUCUGAUAACAAUGUUAACACCGAGUUUAUUCUGUGGAAACGAUGCAAGCUGUGAAUAAACUAGGAAACCAAUACAA